AUGCUCAAACGUUGCAUUCAUCAACAAGCAACUUGUAGAAGUAAUAAUCUUUCAAAAUUUUCAAAACAAUUUCAACAAUUAUUCCUUCAUUCCGAUCCUGUAUUUUCUCAUCACUCCGAACUUUUCCAAAACAAGCUCUCUUUACUCGAGUGCCAAUCGAAUUCGACUCGACACUACCGUAUUACAACCAACGCAAUCAGAAACUUUUCAACGACCAUUGAACUGAAUGAACAAUCCUCGAACUCAUCAUCAUCAUUGAAUUCAAAGAAGAUCAUUACAACAACAGCAACAACAAUUGAAAAUUCUUCUUCUCAUCCAUUUCAAGACGAUGAUGCCAAAGAAACGAAAAAAAUGUCUUCAAGCACUUCUACUACGGGCACACCAUUAAAGCAAAUCUUACAUCCCACUCCAAGCGAUAUUGAAAUUUCGCAACACUGUAAACCAGAAUUUAUUGGUAAGAUUGCUGAGAAUUAUGGAAUUCAUGUGGAUGAUGAAUUGGAGUUUUAUGGCAAGUACAAGGCUAAAGUAGAUGCCAAGAAGGUUCUCUCCCGAUUGCAAGAUGCUCCAAUGGGAAAUUACAUCUUGAUCACUGGUAUCAAUCCAACACCAUUGGGAGAGGGUAAAUCAACGACGUGUUUGGGUAUCUCACAAGCUUUGGGAGCUCAUCUUGGCAAGAAGGUCGUUUCGUGUUUGAGACAACCCUCUCAAGGUCCUGUUUUUGGAAUUAAAGGAGGUGCUGCAGGUGGAGGUUAUUCACAAAUUGUUCCAAUGGAAGAAUUUAACUUGCACAUGACCGGAGAUAUUCACGCAAUUGUUGCAGCCAAUAACUUGUUGGCAGCUGCUGUGGACACUCGUGUAUUCCAUGAGUCAUACCAAAAGACUGACCAAUUAUUCGAUCACUUGUGUCCUGUUGGAAAGGAUGGAAAGAGAAAAUUUGCUCCUUCCAUGAUCCAACGACUGGAAAAGUUCGGAAUUACUGAAAGAGAAGAUCCUGACAAGUUGUCUCCAGAGGAAAGAGAAAAGCUCGUUCGCCUUAAUAUUGAUCCUGCAACCAUUAAAAUUAACAGAGUGAUGGACAUUAGUGACAGAUAUUUGAGAAAGAUUACUGUUGGCCAAGGUCCAAAUGAAAAGGGAAGAACAAGAGAAACACAAUUCGAUAUUGCUGUCGCAAGUGAAUGUAUGGCAAUUUUGGCCUUGUCCAAGGACAUGAAGGAUAUGAGACAUCGCCUCGGAAAGAUUGCUGUUGCUUAUGACAAGGAUGGAAAUGUGGUCACUGCUGAAGAUAUCGGAGUUGCUGGAGCAAUGGCCGUCUUGAUGAAGGACACUAUUAAGCCAACUCUGAUGCAGACGAUUGAAGGUACUCCUGUCAUGGUUCAUGCUGGUCCUUUCGCCAACAUUGCAGCUGGUCAAAACUCUAUUAUUGCUGACGACGUUGCUCUCAAACUCGUUGGCGAGGAUGGAUUUGUUUUAACAGAAGCUGGAUUCGGUGCAGAUAUUGGAGCUGAGAAGUUCUUUGAUAUCAAAUGCAGAGUCUCUGGUUUGAACCCAUCAUGUGCUGUCAUUGUUGCCAGUAUUCGUGCUCUCAAAUUCCAUGGAGGAUGUGAAUUGAAAGAUGUCACCAAGCCAAACGUUCAUGCUGUUGAAACUGGAUUUGCCAACUUGAGAAGACACAUUGGCAAUAUGAAGAAGUAUGGAGUUCCUGUUGUCGUUUGUAUUAACGAAUUCAGCAGUGACACUCAAGAAGAAGUUGAAACAGUUGUUAGAUUGGCUAAGGAGGCAGGUGCAGAUGAUUGUGUGCCUUCCAGACACUUCUCUGAGGGUGGUAAGGGUGCAGUUGCUGUUGCAGAAGCCAUUGUUCGUGUUUGUAAAGACAAGUCCAAGAUGAACUUUAAGCCACUCUAUGAUAUCAAUAUUUCAAUUAAGGAAAAGAUUGAAACCAUCGCUAAGGAAAUUUAUGGAGCUGCCAACGUUGAAUAUAUGGAACAUGUCGAAAAGGAAAUUGAAAAAUUAGAGACACUUCCUGAAAAGUACACCAUUUGCUUUGCCAAGACCCAAUACAGCUUUUCACAUGACGAAAAGUUGAAAGGUGCACCAAGUGGUUUUACUUUACCAAUCAAGAACAUUAGAUUGUACAGUGGUGCUGGACUUUUGGUUCCAUUCUGUGGUGAAAUUUCUGCCAUGCCAGGACUUCCUACUCGUCCAGCUUAUUAUGAUAUCGAUAUUGACCUCGAAACUGGAGAAGUCAAAGGAUUGUUCUAA